AUGCUCGCUCGAUCCAACACUGGAACAUUGGGGCCACCUGCUCGACCGUCUGCCUCCUACGCCCAACCGCCACGAAACCCGGGAUUUGACGAGUCUUUACGCCUCCCUCCUCUGCAGACACAGCUCCCAACAUCGCCAACUCAAGGCUCUGAUUCCAGCGGUGGUCCCAGCGCCUCAGCACCGACUGGACUUGGAAUAGUUGUCCGAGACUUGCGUGAGAGUCAGGCGCGUAGCAUCGAGGCAAUGGUGAUGAGCAUCCCGUACAUCAACAAACUCAAGGUCCUGGGCAAGAUCAGUCCUCCACUUGGCCCGCCUGGUCCAUCGAGUCCCGCUGUUGAGACUCGAGGACCCGUACUCGCCCUUGAGGGCAGAAGUGCUGCUCUCGUAAAGGCAGUGAGUGUCGUUAUUGAGAAGUCACUUGCAUCGUCGGGUGAGUGCGCCGUUCGAACUUGGUCGGCCAACACACCACCGGCCGACACCGGCAGCGAUGAUGCCGAGAUGGUCGACGGUCAAAGCCCUGAAAUGAGUAAGAGCAGAACGACGAGCGUGAGCAGCGGCUCUAGCUCAUCCAACCCAUUCGGCAAAUAUCUGCAGACCAUAAUGGAGUGGCAUGGCAAGUCAGACGACAUCAUUAAGCAUGUGACAACUAAGCCAACCGGCGAGCAGUCGGACAACGCCGUAGAUAAGACUGCUGCCUCGUCCCAGCUCCCAGUCGCUCUCAUUACCGACGGAUUCAGCCUCACACUCUCAGAUAAGUUCGCUUCUUCGGUGCCAAUCGCCGACUCUUAUGCCCCAGUGGAUCACUGGCAGUGGAUGGCGACCCUCUGGAGAGGCAUCAUCGGCCCAGACCUUGUUAUCUACGUCCGCAGUGCAACAGAGGACGAGGUGAAUACUCUUGGAGGCGUAGACUUCAAAUCUGCAGGCAUCAUGAUUGUGCGAGUCAAUGAGAGCAAAGGUCUGGACGAGAAGACUGAGCGGCGCCUGGGAUUUGAAGUCAUGGAAUGGGUUCGAGCUGGAACAUUCAAGGAGGGAUUUGGAAGGGAGUAA